CUCUGUCAGAGCCCCACCCAGGCCGUGUGGCCCGCCCAUAUAAGUGGUUCCUGGCCACUGACAGAAAAUUCAGUGCCUGUGUCACCCACACCUCUGUCUCCAUCACUGCCACCGCGGUCCUGCAGCUUCUCUCCCCCUGAGAGCCCAGACCCUAGUGCCCCAGUCCCCUGCCCGCCCCUCCCAGUAUCCAGCAUCCCUUGGACAGACUCCACCGCUGUUGCCGCACCCACCUCUGCCGUCCCCAACACCACCUCCUCAGGGCCAGCAAGAUGCAGUUUGAGAUGCACGACAACGUGAAAGGCAAAGCCAUGUCCUACCCAGUGACCAGUCAGCCCCAGUGUGCCACUAGCAGCUGCUACCAAACCCAGAUCAGUGACUGGCACACAGGUCUCACGGACUGCUGCAACGACAUGCCCGUCUGUCUCUGCGGCACUUUCGCUCCUCUGUGCCUCGCCUGCCGCAUCUCUGACGACUUCGGCGAGUGCUGCUGCACGCCCUACCUGCCCGGAGGCCUACACUCGCUCCGCACCGGCAUGCGCGAGCGCUACCGCAUCCAGGGCUCCAUCGGACACGACUGGGCGGCCCUCACCUUUUGUCUGCCCUGCGCCCUCUGUCAGAUGGCGCGGGAACUGAAGAUCCGAGAGUAAAGAAGUCCACCUGCCUCCUUUUCCACGGAUCCUGCCUGGCCUCCUCUAGCCCCCUUCUGGGAGGGCCUGCCCCACCGCCCUUGUCCCGCAGCCAGAAAUACUCCCACAAUAAAAACUCGAAAACCAA